AUGGCGUCUCUGACGAGGCAAAUUCCACUGACCUCUUCGCCUUCUAAGCUCGGUCGCUUCUCUCUUCUUCAACAGCACCCUCCUCGCAGCUCUGUUAUCGCUUUCCGAACUCAGAGAAACCGAAACAAUCUACUGAAUCUGUGUCGUUCUUCGUCGUCGUCGACACCGCCGAUUACAGUGAAGGCUGCGAAGAGGAAGAGGACAAAGUACAGGAAGCAGUAUCCAGGAGAGAGCGUUGGGAUAACUGAGGAAAUGAGGUUCGUGGCCAUGAGGUUACGCAACGUUAACGGAAAGAAAUUGGAUCCGGAAAGCGACGAAGAAGAAGAAGAAGACGAUGACGAUGAAGUGGAGGGAGAGACUUGGAGGCCGAGCAAGGAAGGUUUUCUUAGUUACUUGGUCGAUAGCAAGCUUGUCUUCGAUACUAUCGAACGAAUCGUAGACGAAUCUGAGGAUGUUUCCUUUGCUUACUUCAGGAGAACAGGAUUAGAGAGAUGUGAAAGUAUUGAGAAAGAUCUACAAUGGUUUACAUCACAAGAGAUGACGAUCCCAGAAGCAAGUCAAGUAGGAGUUUCGUAUGCAAAGUAUUUGGAAGAACAAGCGAGUGAAAAUGCGGCUCUGUUUCUUUCUCAUUUCUACAGUAUCUACUUCUCACACAUCGCUGGUGGUCAAGUUAUUGUAAGACAGGUAUCGGAGAAGCUUCUAGAAGGGAGAGAGAUGGAGUUUAAUAGGUGGGAAGGGGAUGCACAAGACUUGCUUAGAGGUGUACGUGAGAAGCUCAACGUUCUCGGAGAGCAUUGGAGUCGGGACGAGAAGAACAAAUGCUUGAAGGAAACUGCAAAGGCGUUUAAGUACAUGGGGCAGAUAGUUCGCUUGAUCAUCUUGUAA